AUGGCGGGGGCUCGUGGUGGAAUGUUGGGCAUGACGCAGCAAAGACGGACGGUGCAUCAGAAUCACCGUGCCUCUGCAGUUGUGCCCAGCAGGCGUGUCACACAGCACGAUCCCGACAUUGCUGGAGAUGUAUGGGCCAGCAGCAAGCGGCCGGUGGGCAUGAAACCGGCAGAUGCCAGCACCCUUGAAGACUGGACGGUGGCUUUCAACAUUCGCGCCAUGAUUCCUGCAAAGAUCAGGCUGAAAAUGACGCGCCAUUUUUUCCCUCUCCAAGAAGGCUUCGAGGAUGGCACCUGGCGUAUCCGUUGCACCAGUCAAAAGGCGAUCCUUUGUCGCCGAAUACUCCAACUGCUGGCCCUUUGCACGGCAUUUUUGACGCCGGGCCUUUUGGCGAUGCAGCCCAUUUGUCCUUCACCCAACCGCCGGGACCUCCAAGACUUGGCCGCACUGCACGCGACACAGUUCACCGUUGAUAUCUUGUACAUUGUGUUGUCCACAGUGGUGUUUUUCACAUUCUCAGUAGUGACCAAAGACAAGUUUGAGUUGGUGGCCUUCAGGAGUGUUAUGGCGUGGCAAUUGCGACAUGCCGGCCUCUGGCUGGAUUUGGCAGCCCUAGUGGGCGAUGUCAUGCAACUCGUCCACUACGCAGACGUCGGCUUUGGACAACUGUGGUUUGGUGAAAACCUCCGCACAGAACAGUGGCUCUCGCUGCUGGACCUGCUUCGUUUGUGGCGCCUCUGGGAGCCCUCGGCACCGAUCAUCGUCAGUGUUCAGUUUGAGAUCGAAUUCGCCAUCAUUUUGCUGCAACUCUUUCUGGCAGCUCAUCUCUUUUCCUGCUACUGGAUGCUACUAGGGCAUUACGAGCAGCAAAUCUGGGGCUAUGAACCCUGGACGGAGCUGGUGUGCUCAGAACAGUUCUGGGCCGCCUUUUAUUUCUCCACUUAUACCCUAACCUCCAUUGGCUACGGUGACUUUGGCGGGACCAACUCGGUGGAGCGCUUUUCAUGUGCCAUCUACAUGAUGGUGGGGCAGAUGUUGGUUGCCAAGAUCUUUGCCGAGCUGGAUCUUUGA